AUGCACCGUGCCUUUCUAUCCAGCCUAUUCUUAUCCUACGUGUUGCUCUUCCUUCAGAACACGCUCCCUGUCGUGUCAUGGUCGACAUUCAUUGUCUCCCACACCGCGGGGCAAGAUGAUACACCUGCGCUGACUGCUGCUAUAGCCAAUUACAGCUCUAAUUCCACGAUUUUGUUUCAAAAGGGAAUCACGUAUAAUAUAUUCACGCCUAUCAAGUUCCCAAUUCUGACCAAUGUCGAGAUACUGAUUGAAGGGAAUCUGACGUAUUCUACGAACAUCACAGCUAUUCAGAAUAUCGUGGCCUCUUCUAAAUAUCCUGGAGCAUGGUAG